AUGGCCGCCAUCAACCAAUACCGAGGAUCUUCGGAAUCCCCAGAUCACCACCAGAAAAAUUACGAGAAGGGAUAUGGUUCCGACGAUGUCAAUAUUGCGAGCAGCAAUGAUCUUGGGGAGGAGGUUGGCCACCACCUUCACCGUGGAUUGAAGGCGAGACAGAUUACUAUGAUUGCCAUCGGAGGUGCUAUUGGUACCGGAUUAAUUAUCGGAACUGGAAAGGCAUUGGCGCAAGCCGGUCCUGCGCCCUUGUUCAUCGGAUAUACGGUCGUUGGAUUCUUGUGUUUUUUGGUUAUGGCCGCUCUUGGAGAGAUGGCUUGUUGGCUCCCUCUUGCUUCUGGAUUUACUGGUUACGCGACAAGAUUUGUAGACCCUGCGCUCGGUUUCUGCUUGGGUUGGAAUUAUUGGUUCAAGUAUAUUAUCGUUACACCGAACAAUUUGACAGCUGCAUCGCUUGUCAUCCAGUACUGGGUUCCGAGAGCUAAAGUCAACCCUGGUGUCUUCAUCACCGUAUUCUUGGUCGCCAUCGUCCUCAUCAAUUACUUCGGUGUUAGAUUCUUUGGAGAGUUCGAAUUUUACCUUUCCAGUAUCAAGGUCAUCGUUAUCGUUGGGCUGAUUAUCCUGUCACUGGUCCUUGCAUGUGGUGGUGGACCAAAUGGAGAUGCCACUGGAUUCACGUAUUGGAAAAAUCCUGGCGCAUUCAAUGAGUACAUAUUGAAGGGUUCUGCAGGUCGUUUCCUUGCUUUUUGGAGUGUCUUGACCACAGCUGUGUUUGCUUACUUGGGAACUGAACUCGUUGGAGUUACAGUUGGAGAAGCCGCCAACCCAAGAAAAGUUAUUCCCCGCGCCAUCAAGUUGACUUUCUACCGAAUCCUCCUCUUCUACGUUGUGCUAGUCUUUUUGUUGGGCAUGCUUGUCCCAUACAAUGAUCCCGAUCUCAAGGUGGCGAACGGAAAAUCCAACUCGGCUAAGGCCUCCCCCUUCGUCGUUGCGAUUGUUCUUUCCGGUAUUCCAGCACUUCCAGGAAUCUUGAACGCCUGUAUCUUGAUCUUCGUCUUCUCGGCCGCCAAUUCUGAUCUAUACAUCGCCUCCCGAACUCUGUACGGUCUCGCCCAUGAGAACAAGGCCCCAAAGAUUUUCACUUACACCGACAAACGAGGUGUCCCAGUCGCAGCACUCGGAUUAUCAGUUGCAUUCUGUCUCCUAGCCUACUUGGGAGUAGACACUGAGUCUUACACAGUAUUCGGUUACUUUGUGAACUUGGUCACCAUGUUCGGUCUUUUGACAUGGAUCUCGCUCCUCAUCUCCCACAUCUACUUUGUCCGUGCGCGCAAAGCACAGAACAUUCCCGACUCCGCCCUCGCCUAUGUGGCUCCAUUGGGCGCUGCCGGAUCAUGGGGUGCUUUGGUCUUCUCAAUCUUGAUCGCCUUUUUCAAGGGUUUCCCAAUCUUCUGCUACAAGGUCACCGCUAAGAAGGGAACGACUCCAGUAUUUGACUGGCGUACAUUCAUUACCACUUACCUCGGUAUUCCAUUGUACAUCGCCAUGUUCUUCGGUUAUAAGUACGCGAUGAAGACCACAUUGAUCCGUCCAGAGGAUGCAGACAUGUACACUGGAAAGGCUAGAAUCGAUGCUGAGGAGGCAGAGUACAUUGCCAAGGAGGCUGCUAAGAAGGGUGGACCAGAGACUAAGGGCGAGAAGCUCUACCGUCUUACUCUUGGUUGGUUGUUCUAG